AUGAAGAGAAAUGAGAGAGUUGUGAAGUGGUUAAAUGAUGCAAAGCCAUAUUUGGGAGUGGCGUUCUUGCAGCUCAGCAACGCAGGCUCCGCAAUCAUUUCAAAGGUUGCUCUAAAUCAAGGAAUGAACCCUUUCACUUUCACCGUCUACCGAAACGUCAUCGCAGUCGUUUUCUUCUCUCCGUUUGCCAUAUAUUUUGAAAGGUAUCUUUGUCGAAAGCUCUCUUCGCUAACAGCCCUAGCCUCCAUCUUCUUCAAGAUAAUGUUGCUUGCCUUAUUAGAGCCGGUUCUCAACCUGAAUUUAUAUUACAUAGGAAUGAGAUACUCAACAGCAACAUUUGCGGUGACAAUGAUAAACCUUGUUCCUGCCGUAACAUUUUUGUUAGCUUGGAUCUUUAGGCUUGAGAACGUGAAAAUAAAGACAUUGCAUAGCCAAGCAAAAAUAAUUGGGACAACAUCAGCAAUUGGUGGGGCCAUGAUUAUGACGCUUGUUAAGGGACCCACCAUAGUAUUGCCCUGGACUAAACAUUCAAACGACAUCGUAUCUCAUUCCACUCAACACGUUGUGAAUCAGCAUAAUGAUCCCAUUAAGGCUGCGCUCUUGCUCACAGCAAGUUGCUGCUGUGGAGCCAGUUUUGCAAUUGUUCAGGCAAUUACGCGAAAGUCAUACCCGGUCGGGCUUUCUCUCACAACUUUGAUAUGCAUGGUAGGGGCGCUACAAGUCAGUAUAUUGACCUUAAUACUCGAGAGGGGAAAUGCUUCCGUCUGGUCCUUACACUGGGACAUCACGCUCUUAACUUAUGUUUAUCAUGGUUUAGUUAGGUCAGGGGUUGUUUAUUAUAUAUCAGGGAUAAUAAUGAAGGUAAAAGGACCUGUUUUCGUCACUGCAUUCAAUCCCAUAGGCAUGGUUAUAGUCGCCAUCAUUGGUUCCUUUGUGCUUUCUGAGAAAUUAUACUUGGGAAGGGUUUUGGGAGCAGUGGUUAUUUUUGUUGGCUUGUACCUGGUUAUAUGGGGUAAAUCCAAGGAUCAAACUUCACCAAAUAAUGAUCAAAAUGAUGCACUUCCAAUUGAUCAUAAGCACCCACAAGUUCAAGGCCUCAACAAGGAUAUUAUAGUGGUUUGA